CCGUGUGGCGAGGGGCGCACCCGCCCUUCCCGCGCGGCGAUCCUUCACCUGUGCACGCCCCGCUGGCCCCGUUCCCGGAAGUGACGCGCCGCCCCGCCCUGCCCGCGUCCCGUCGGGCCUCGCGGCGGCGGCGCGAAGAUGGCGGCGGCGGGAGCCAUAGAACGGAGCUUCGUGGAGCUCAGCGGAGCUGAGCGCGAAAGGCCGAGGCACUUUCGGGAAUUUACAGUUUGCGGCGUUGGGACUUCAAGUGCCUUGGCCGUGAAAUACAGUGAGAGCGCGGGAGGCUUCUACUAUGUGGAAAGUGGCAAGUUGUUCUCCAUCACCAGAAACAGGUUCAUUCAUUGGAAGACUUCUGGAGACACAUUGGAGCUGGUGGAGGAGUCACUGGACAUAAAUUUGCUGAAUAAUGCAAUUCGCCUCAGAUUCCAAAAUUGCAGCCUCCUACCUGGAGGGGUUCAUGUCUCUGAGACUCAGAAUCAUGUGAUAAUUUUGAUAGUAACCAAUCAAACAGUGCACAGGUUACUUUUACCACACCCUUCCCGGAUGUAUAGAAGUGAGUUGGUAAUUGAAAGUCAGAUGCAAUCGAUAUUCACUGACAUUGGAAAAGUUGACUUCAGGGACCCUUGCAACUAUCAAUUGAUUCCAACAGUACCUGGACUCGCCCCUAAUUCCACCACCUCAGCAGCCUGGCUUAGCAAUGAAGGGGAGGCUCUGUUUGCCCUCCCAGCUGCAUCUGGGGGAAUCUUUGUCCUUAAACUACCUCCUUAUGACAUACCAGGGAUGGUGUCAGUUGUGGAACUGAAACAGAGUUCAGUAAUGCAACGAUUGCUAAUAGGCUGGAUGCCAACAGCUAUCAGAGGUGAUCAGGGGCCUUCAGACCGUCCCCUCAGCCUUGCUGUGCAUUGCGUCGAGCAUGAUGCCUUUAUCUUUGCUCUGUGCCAGGAUCAUAAAUUACGAAUGUGGUCUUACAAGGACCAAAUGUGCUUGAUGGUAGCUGACAUGCUGGAGUAUGUCCCUGUGAAUAAAGAUCUUCGGCUCACCGCUGGGACUGGACACAAAUUACGACUGGCUUAUUCCCCUUCCAUGGGGCUCUACUUAGGGAUUUACAUGCAUGCACCAAAACGAGGACAGUUCUGCGUUUUCCAGUUGGUGAGCACUGAAAAUAACCGCUAUAGUCUAGAUCACAUUUCUUCACUAUUCAUGUCUCAGGAGACACUGGUUGACUUUGCCUUAACCUCUACGGAUAUCUGGGCCCUGUGGCAUGAUGCUGAAAACCAGACAGUUGUGAAAUACAUCAACUUCGAACAUAAUGUUGCAGGUCAAUGGAAUCCAGUUUUCAUGCAGCCUCUGCCAGAAGAAGAGAUUAUUAUUCGAGAUGAUCAAGACCCCAGAGAGAUGUAUUUGCAGAGUCUUUUUACACCAGGACGAUUCAUAAAUGCAGCUUUAUGUAAAGCUUUACAGAUUUUCUGUCGAGGAACUGAAAGGAAUUUAGAUCUUUCUUGGAGUGAACUAAAGAAAGAAGUCACUUUAGCUGUUGAAAGUGAGCUCCAAGGAAGUGUGACAGAAUAUGAAUUUUCCCAGGAGGAGUUUCGAAACUUGCAACAGGAAUUCUGGUGCAAGUUUUAUGCCUGUUGUCUUCAAUAUCAAGAAGCCCUCUCUCAUCCCCUUGCCCUACAUUUGAAUCCACACACAAACAUGGUGUGCCUGCUGAAAAAAGGGUACCUGUCUUUCCUUGUGCCUUCCUCCUUAGUGGAUCAUUUGUAUCUUCUGCCUGAUGAGAACCUUUUGACAGAGGAUGAAACGACAAUAUCUGAUGAUGUGGAUGUUGCUCGGGAUGUCAUAUGUCUUAUAAAAUGCCUUCGGCUGAUUGGAGAGUCAGUAACUAUGGAUAUGUCAGUAAUGAUGGAAAUGAGUUGUUACAACCUACAGUCUCCAGAAAAGGCUGCAGAACAGAUUCUGGAAGAUUUGAUCACUAUUGAUGUAGAAAAUGUGAUGGAGGAUAUUUGUAGUAAACUGCAAGAGAUCAGGAACCCAAUCCAUGCCAUUGGACUUCUUAUCCGAGAAAUGGAUUAUGAAACAGAAGUGGAAAUGGAAAAGGGAUUUGACCCAGCUCAGCCUUUGAAUAUUCGAAUGAAUCUUUCCCAGCUCUAUGGUAGUAGCACAGCAGGAUAUAUUGUGUGCAGAAGUGUGUGUAAGAUUGCCAGUACUCGCUUCCUCAUCUGCCGAGACCUUUUGAUCUUACAGCAGUUAUUAAUGAGGCUAGGAGAUGCAGUGAUUUUGGGAGCUGGUCAGCUCUUUCAAGCUCAGCAAGACCUGCUACAUCGAACAGCUCCCCUACUCUUGUCUUAUUACCUUAUUAAGUGGGGAAGUCAGUGCUUGGCAACUGAUGUUCCAAUGGACACACUAGAGUCUAAUCUCCAACACUUGUCAGUACUGGAACUAACAGAUUCUAGUGCUUUUGCAGCAAAUAAGUUUGUUUCUAGCCCUCAGACAAUUGUGGAGUUAUUCUUUCAAGAAGUGGCAAGAAAGCACAUUAUAUCUCAUCUCUUCUCUCAACCAAAGGCACCUCUGAACCAAACUGAGUUGAAUUGGUCUGAGAUGAUUACUACAGUUACCAACUAUUUAUUGCAGCUUUUGUGGCCUAGCAAUCCUGGUUGUCUCUUUCUAGAAUGUUUGAUGGGAAACUGCCAGUAUGUACAACUGCAGGACUAUAUUCAACUGCUCCAUCCCUGGUGUCAAGUCAAUGUUGGUUCCUGCCGAUUUAUGCUGGGACGGUGUUACCUGGUUACAGGAGAGGGACAGAAGGCUUUAGAAUGUUUUUGCCAGGCAGCCUCCGAAGUAGGCAAAGAGGAAUUCUUAGACCGCUUGAUCCGUACAGAGGAUGGAGAAGUGGUGUCCACACCCAGACUGCAGUAUUAUGAUAAGGUUUUGCGUCUACUAGAUGUUGUUGGUUUGCCUGAACUGGUUAUCCAGUUGGCUACAUCAGCCAUCACUGAAGCAGGUGAUGACUGGAAAAGUCAGGCUACUUUAAGGACAUGCAUUUUCAAACAUCAUUUGGAUCUGGGCCACAAUAGUCAAGCUUAUGAAGCCUUAACCCAAAUUCCUGAUUCCAGCAGGCAGUUAGAUUGUUUACGGCAGCUGGUGGUGGUUCUUUGUGAGCGCUCACAGCUGCAGGAUCUGGUAGAAUUUCCCUAUGUGAACCUGCAUAAUGAGGUUGUGGGAAUAAUUGAAUCACGUGCAAGAGCUGUGGAUCUUAUGACUCACAACUACUAUGAGCUUCUAUAUGCUUUCCACAUCUAUCGCCACAAUUACCGAAAGGCUGGCACAGUGAUGUUUGAGUAUGGAAUGCGUCUUGGCAGAGAGGUUCGGACUCUCCGGGGACUUGAGAAGCAAGGCAACUGUUAUCUGGCUGCUAUUAAUUGUUUACGACUUAUUCGUCCAGAAUAUGCAUGGAUUGUGCAGCCAGCAUCUGGUGCGGUGUAUGAUCGCCCUGGAGCAUCUCCUAAGAGGAAUCAUGAUGGAGAAUGUACAGCUGCCCCAACAAGUCGGCAAAUUGAAAUCCUGGAACUGGAAGAUCUGGAGAAGGAGUGUUCCUUAGCUCGCAUUCGUCUCACUCUGGCUCAGCAUGAUCCAUCAGCAGUUGCAGUUGCAGGAAGUUCAUCAGCAGAGGAGAUGGUUACACUUUUGGUUCAGGCUGGCCUUUUUGACACUGCCAUAUCACUCUGUCAGACUUUUAAGCUUCCCUUAACACCAGUCUUUGAGGGACUUGCUUUCAAAUGCAUCAAAUUGCAGUUUGGAGGAGAGGCAGCACAAGCAGAAGCCUGGGCCUGGCUAGCAGCCAACCAGCUCUCAUCAGUUAUCACCACUAAGGAGUCCAGUGCUACAGAUGAAGCAUGGCGACUAUUGUCAACUUACCUGGAAAGGUAUAAAGUUCAAAAUAACUUAUAUCACCAUUGUGUAAUCAACAAGCUGUUGUCUCACGGAGUGCCUCUGCCUAAUUGGCUUAUAAACAGUUACAAGAAGGUUGAUGCUGCAGAAUUGCUCCGUCUAUACUUGAACUAUGACCUUUUAGAAGAAGCUGUGGAUUUGGUUUCAGAAUAUGUGGAUGCUGUGUUGGGAAAAGGACACCAGUACUUUGGAAUUGAGUUUCCACUCUCUGCCACAGCUCCCAUGGUGUGGCUCCCAUACUCAUCAAUCGAUCAACUUCUCCACGCUCUGGGUGAGAACAGUGCCAACAGUCACAACAUCGCAUUGUCCCAGAAAAUACUUGACAAAUUAGAGGACUACCAGCAAAAAGUUGAUAAGGCAACACGGGAUUUAUUAUAUCGUCGGAAUUUAUGAUCCAGAUGGUUGCCUGGCCUUUGAAAGCACUUGGUGCCUCUUGGGGCUGAAGACUUUCCCCUUCGGGAACCCUGUACUCCGGGCCAUUUUUAUACCUGUACAUGAGGUGGACAACAUGGGAGUCUGCGUUCUGCGCCAGAGAGGAGGGCAGAUGAGUCACAGGACCUGUGCUUGCUGGCGGUGCUAACACAAUUUCUGGUUUUCAACCUUGGUCUCAAACAGCUGCUUUUAUAUAUGACUCACAAGCUUUUUUAGAGUUUAUAUUUUUUUAAAUUACCGAAGACAUUCUUUACCUGCGAAUUAAAACCCACCUCCACUUUCCAAAAUAACUGAUGGUUGUUGGUUUGUUGUCACUGACCACCAAAGCAGUCACUGCAAAUCUCUUCAUUCUUCCCUAUCACUUUUUGUAUUUCAAUGGGAUAAUUUUGGUCUAGAACUGACAUGUAUUUUCUGUAUUGCAAAAAAAAAAAGCCUAAUGAUUUUUGCAUACUCUUUAUUUAUUUUGGACUUUUUGUAUGAUCUUCAAUAAAGUAUUUAAUAAUUAGCUGAGAGAAAGCCUAAAAUGACCAGCUAUGUAAGGGGUUAUCUUAUUUUGAAUCUGGUUCUGAGGCUAACAUUGAAUAAACUCUUAGCUAAGAAGAAAUUAAAAUUCAUGUCCAUAAAAGCAACAGAUUUUCAAAGUAAAUUCUGUUAACUCCUGUGAUUUACAAUAAUCAAGCUGGACUUGAUCAUACAGUUAGUCUAAUAAUGUAUUGAACCAAAACACAAACUUUCCCAGUCAGAUUCAGAAGUAUUUGUGCCCACAAAUUUGGGAGAAGUGAAAAAUAAGAUCUUGGAUUUUAUUCUGUAUAUUAAAAUUUAUCUUUUAAGGAAAUUAUCUGUUUGAUGCUUGUAUGCCCUUGGACUUUGAAUUUUCCAUAAUGAUGUCUUUAAUUUUUACAUUCUCAAUACCAUAUUUACUUUAUAUAUUUGAAAUAAUAUGAGUUUUCUGUUGCUACUGUU